UAUAUUGGUGUGUGAUCUUUGCAUAUAUCUAUGCUGAAAUUGACAUAUAGCGAGUAUCUGCUUUUCUUGAUUUGCUUCAGAUGGACAAGUGGGGCAUUCUUUGAUGUUGAAAGUCAUCACGUGGUGAACUUUUCGCCACCUUUGAAUCCUUAAGAACAAGACAGAAAAAACCAGAUGAGUGAUACGGUCUGUUGGAGAGAUGCUACUCUCUGUCUUCUUCUACAUCUUUUUCCUGGAUGUUUAUCGGUUAGAUUGCUUUGCUGAAGACACCAUAACAUCAUUGAACGAUACAUUCAUAUAUGACAGCCAUGGAGACACUCUUGUUUCAGCUGGCCAGAAGUUCGAGCUCGGCUUCUUUACUCCUAAUGGAAGCUCGGAUGGUAGGAGGUACGUGGGCAUAUGGUAUUACCGUUUGAAUCCACUAACUGUUGUAUGGGUCGCCAACCGUGAAACGCCACUUCUGGAUUCCUCUGGCUUUCUCGCUAUCGCGAAAGAUGGAAAUCUCAGGGUCACUGAUUCAAAGGGAAGAGUGUAUUGGGCCACCAGUCUUGAAUCUUCUUCUGUUUCUGAGCAGAGGACGGCGCAGCUGAUGGACAAUGGCAACUUUGUGUUGAAGAACGGAGAUGAUGAAGCUAAUGAGUCAAAGGUAAUGCUUUGGCAGAGUUUCCAGAAUCCUACCGACACGUUUCUUCCAGGGAUGAAGAUGGAUGAGAACAUGACAUUAACAUCAUGGAAAAGUUACGACGAUCCAGCACCAGGCAACUUUUCUUUCGAGAUGGAUCAAGAAGAGGAGAAGCAGUUCAUCAUUUGGAAAAGAUCACUGAGAUACUGGAAAACUGGAGUGUCAGGUAAAUUCAUCGGGUCGGACGAGAUGCCUUACGCCAUUUCCUACUUUCUUUCCAAUUUCACAGAGACGAUAACUGUGCACAAUGCCUCCGUGCCACCUCUAUCAAUAUCUCUGUAUACCGACACAAGAUUUAUCAUGAGUUCAUCCGGCCAAGCUCAAUACUUUAAGUUAGACGGUGAAAGGAUAUGGGGACAGAUUUGGGCUGAACCUAGAGAUAAAUGCAGCAUCUACAAUGCUUGCGGGAAUUUCGGUAGCUGUAAUAGCAAGAACGAGCAGAUGUGCAAAUGUUUGCCAGGAUUCAGACCAAGCUUCCCAGAAAAAUGGAAUAAGGGAGACUUUUCUGAUGGAUGCUUCAGAGAAUCAAGGAUCUGCAGUAAGGAUGGCGUCGGAGACAUGUUCUUGAAUCUGAGUGUGGUGGAAGUGGGAAGUCCAGACUCAAGAUUCGAUGCCCACAAUGAACAAGAGUGCAGAGCAGAGUGCCUGAACAACUGCCAAUGCGAAGCUUACUCAUACGAAGGAGCUGAUACACGUCAAAUCAACAGUAAUGGCCGAGCUGCAUGCUGGAUUUGGCUAGAGGAUCUCAACAAUCUCAAAGAGGGUUACUUAGGUAGCCGUAACAUAUACAUCCGUGUGGCAGUUCCUGAUAUAGAGUUGACAAGUAGAGAUUGUGAGGCAUGUGGCACAAAUACGAUUCCGUAUCCUCUUAGCACAGCUCCUGAAUGCGGCGACAGUACAUAUCUUAGUUUCCACUGCAAUAUUUCAACUGGCCAAGUCAUUUUCGAAGCAUCAGGCCGUUACUACAAUGUCACAACCAUCAAUCCUGAUGCACACGGGUUUUUCAUCAAGACAAAAGAUGCAGUUAACUGCAGAGCUGGAACUCAGAUGGAAAGAAGUUUGGAGUUAAGCCCGUCUUUGCCUUUUCAUGUAACGGGUCAUUGCAACGAAGACAUGGUCACAGGUGGAACUGAAGUGGAGAUACAGUGGGAUCCUCCUCCCGAGCCAACUUGCUUGUCUUCUACAGACUGUAGGGAUUGGCCUAACUCCUCUUGCAGUGGAAUGGGAGAUGGGAACAAGCGGUGUCUCUGCAAUCCAGAUUUCCAAUGGGAUGGAUUCAAUCUGAACUGUACCCAAGGACAAACUGGUGGAAAAGGGCAGUAUAAAAUGCCUGUGUCUAUGAUCAUUGCGGUGACAUUUGCAAGUGUAGCCAUUCUGGUCGUCCUGUCAAGCACUGUCACUUACAUAUAUUUGCAAAGAAGAAGAGUUUACAAGGAACUAGAAGUAAACAAUACAAGUAUCCAAAGAGCAGUUAACUUAUACGGUAGUGAGAAACACAUCAAAGAUUUGAUUGACUCUGGACGGUUCAAACAGGAUGACACACAAGGCUUAGAUGUUCCAUCCUUUGAUUUUGAUACCAUUCUAACUGCAACAGCUAACUUCUCAAAUGCAAACAAGCUAGGCCAAGGGGGAUUUGGCCCAGUUUACAAGGGCAAGCUUCCCGGAGGACAGGAGCUUGCUGUGAAGAGGCUUUCAAGCUGCUCUGGACAAGGAAUGGAGGAAUUCAAGAAUGAAGUUGUGUUGAUUGCUAAGCUACAACACAGGAAUCUUGUCAGACUUCUUGGAUACUGUGUUGCAGGGGAAGAAAAGAUGUUGCUAUAUGAAUACAUGCCGAACAAAAGCUUAGACUUCUUCAUAUUCGAUCGAAAGCUGUGCAAUCUGCUGGACUGGGAUAUGCGUUGCAAGAUCGUUCUUGGAAUUGCAAGGGGUCUUCUGUAUCUACAUCAAGACUCUAGGCUGAGAAUCAUACACCGGGAUCUGAAAACCAGCAACAUUCUGUUAGAUGAGGAGAUGAACCCCAAGAUCUCUGACUUUGGCUUGGCUAGAAUAUUUGGAGGCAAAGAAACAGCAGCAAAUACGAACAGAGUUGUUGGAACUUAUGGAUACAUGUCUCCAGAGUACGCAUUCGAUGGUCUUUUUUCGUUUAAGUCAGACGUCUUUAGUUUUGGUGUGGUUGUGAUCGAGACUAUCAGUGGGAAGAGGAACACCGGAUUCUAUGAACCCGAAAAAUCUUUAAGCCUAUUGGGCUAUGCAUGGCAUCUGUGGAAGGAGGAGAGAGGGCUUGAGUUGCUGGAUUCGGUUCUUCAGGAAACUUGCAAGACUGAGGAAUUCUUGAAGUGCCUCAAUGUAGGAUUGCUUUGUGUACAAGAAGACCCUAGUGACCGUCCAACCAUGUCAAAUGUUGUCUUCAUGCUCGGUAGUGAAACCGCUACUCUUCCAACCCCUAAACCACCAGCUUUUGUAGUUAGGCGUUGCCCGUCUAGCAGAGCUUCUUCAUCUGGCAAGCCAGAAACAUGCUCCCAUAAUGAGCUUACCAUAACUCUUGAAGAUGGAAGAUAGCAGCAUUUUCUUUUUCUUUUUUUCUUUUUUUUUUUGUGCCUGAGAACU